GCCAUAAAUCCCGAAUUUAAGAGUACGAUGGAGAUGUGAUCACUAGGAUGAAACUUUUGGCGAAUUCGGAUACGGGAAAGUCUGAAGAAAUUGGCCGCCGUGUCUUGUAACCUAUUAUCGCUACGCCGAGAUAAGACGAAGACGUUGAGUGACGACAGGCAGUCCAAAUAUUGCGUGGCAGUGUUGAGGUUAUGUGACGCAUCGUUUUAACGAGUCCUGACUACGGACUGCAGGAAAAAGAAGUAGGAUCGGACUUCUUGGUGACGAGGAACGUGUACGUGCUGCCCGACUCGUCGGGGCGCUUCGAGGUGCCCGUGGACUCGGGGAACCCCAGACUGGAGGCGACAACCCCGUCGACCCUGGAGCUGCUGGAGCUGCCGCUGCCCGAGGCGGCGAUGGCGCGCGAGCUGGCAACCCUGGCAGCGCGCUGGCGCGGCAUCGUCGCGGUCGACAGUCACCCGCAGUCGGGGCCGGACCACCGGACGAGGGUGACGCUGGAGGGUCCCGAGGACUCGACGCGCGCGGCUAAGCGCGAGGCCCUGGAGCUGCUCGCCGAGGCUCGGCGACGCCGCUUCCUGGACCGUCCCGCCUUCGGCCUGGACGACGCCAGGGCCGUCGUCGCCUAUGCCGAGGGCCGCCCUCGCGUCGCCGAGUCCUUGGACGUUGUGCGCAGGUGCUACGAUAGGUACCCUGCGGAUCAGGUGUUCUUAAGCUUUAACGGCGGCAAAGACUGCACCGCAGUGUUGCACCUGGUGGCUUCCGUGUGUAAGGUUAGGAACCUCUCCAAACUGCUCUGCUUAUACGUCGAAGAGGAUACGUUUCCGGAGGUUGACGAGUUCGUCGAGCAGGCGGAGCGAUAUUACGGGCUCGACAUCGUGAGGAAGAGAGGUCCAAUAAAGGCAGCUCUUCGGUCACUUUUAGAGGAAAAGGAAGGCCUUAAGGCUGGCAUCAUGGGAACUCGCAGGAACGACCCUGGCGCCGCCAACGUGGACGCCUUCACCAUGACCGACCCUGGCUGGCCGGCCAUUAUGCGCGUUUUUCCCAUCCUGGACUGGUCUUAUGCCGACGUUUGGAGUUUUCUGUUGACCAACGACGUGCCUUAUUGCUCCUUGUACGACAAGGGCUACAGUAGCCUCGGCACGAAAGUGAAUACCAAACCUAAUCCUCUGUUGGUCCUCGAUGAAGAGGAUUCGGUUUAUCUACCUGCUUUCCUAUUGUCCGAAGACUCUGCGGAGAGACAAGGCAGACGGUGACGAAGUGUUAGCGCUUUAAUAGUUUAAUUCAUGUCUUCGAUGCCCAGGAUGCCCAUCGUAGCCUUCUAGAGACUGUGUCGAGGACUUUAUUUUACUUCGGUGUAGGUACAUUUCUGCAUCUGUUAGCAGAUCUGGAGUGUCGAGUGCAGUUUGAUUAGUAAAUGUUUUGUUACCUGGGAUUAGUGUUGCCUUGUGAAGAUUGAUCAUUUGUGUCUUCGAUGUCCAGGAUGCCCAUCGUAGCCUCUCGGAGACUAUCGAUGACUUUUAGUUUACUUCGGUGUAGGGACAUUUCCAUCUCUGCGUAUAUUUCCAGACCUGGAAUAACGACUGCAGUUUAAUUAGUAAAUUUGUUUUGUUGCCUCGUAAAGAUAGCGAAAGGUGACCUUAAGGCGAGGGACUUAUUUAUUCGAUAAGGUUUUUUCUUAUCGGAAGAUAGCAGCAGACAAGAUAUUAGGUGACGAUGAUGUAUUUGCACUUUUAGCAUAAAUCACAUCUGUAUCAGUGGAACUCACAUCGAGCUGCAUUUUUGCUUCGAUGGUCAUCAUCGGAGGUUUACGUUUGUUAUCUACGCCGAUAGGUACUUUGGUUUUUUACCUUUGCGUGGUUUAGUGUUAAUCUGUAGGUCUUGAAUGACAACUGCGGUUUUGUUAGCAAAUUUUAUGUUACUUAAUCAGUGUUACCAGUAUUUUUGUACAUACCUGGUCGUGUAAAGUUUGAAAUUACAUUGUUUCCAAAUGUAA